AUGGCGAAAGACAAGUCCGCCAAAGCUGAGCUCAAGGCCGAGCGAAAAGCUGAGAAAAAGGCCGCCAAAGCCGAAAAGAUCGCAAAGAAGCAGGCCGCUGCGACCGCAAAAGUCGGUGGAGCGGCGCCCACCGGUGUGACAAAAUCCAAGGGAGAGAACAAGGAGAAAAAGGCGGCGAGGAAGGUGCUGGCGGAGAAGGCCUUGAAUGAGCUCGAGGGUAAAAGCAACAACAACAAGAAGAAGGCCAAGGCGGAGGACGAGGACGAGGAAAGCAGCGCGGACGAAGACGACGAUAUGGAUGAGCCGAGUGGUGUGAAACUCGACGAAGAGGAAGAGGAAGGCGAGGAUGAGGAGCCCAAAAAGACCAAGGCAGACGCGGACAAGAAGACCAUCCUUGCUACACGACCUGUGGGAGCUUUGGUGCCCUUCGCGAACCCAUUGGCCGACGACAAGGUUGCUAAGAAGGUGUUUAAAUGCGUCAAAAAAGCCGCCGCACAACGUACCCUAAGACGGGGCGUCAAGGAAGUCGUCAAGGCGCUCCGGAAAUCCCCCACAUCCACGACCGACAAGCUCCCACUCGGCGUCGUCAUUCUCGCUGCGGACAUCUCGCCCAUGGACGUAAUCUCCCACAUCCCCGUCCUGGCCGAAGACCACAGCGUGCCCUACAUCUACGUGACGAGCCGUGCGGAGCUGGGCACGGCAGGCCAGACGAAGCGGCCGACCAGCGUGGUGAUGGUCAGCCGAGACGCCGGGAAGAAAGCCGGGAAGGACGGCAAGGACAAGGAGAAAAAGACCGACGAGGACGGCGACGACAAGGAGAGUUGGGAAGACACGUACAAGAGCCUGGUCAAGGUUGUCGAGCGAGAGGGGAGGCACGUCAAGAUCUAA